AUGUUAGGGGCGACGGGUUUAUUCAAUCGUCCUAUUUCCGAACCCGACCGGGGGCUCGCUGGUCGGAUUAUUCCUUGGACCCUAGCGGGGUUGCUGGUCGCUGGUGACGAGGCUGCUCACAGCUUUGCUGAUUCUUCUCGUUUGCCUGGAUCAAAAUCGACUGGCCUGGAUGGAAUGUACACCAUGGCAUACUUUGAUUGA